AUGGCGUUGCUAGUCAGAUCACUGGCUCGGUCACCAUGCUUCCUAAGGCAGACAUCAAUGUUGGUGUCCAGAAGGUCAAAGAUGGCCACAAAUGCCUACGAGGAGAUGAGCCGAUACUGGACACGUAACAGGAAGUUGAACCGCCCGCUGUCACCCUUCUUGACAGUUUAUAAGCCUCACCUGGCAAUGAUGACAUCACUCACUCACAGAAUCACAGGGGUGGUCAUGCAAGUUGCCAUCUGUGGUACUGCAAUCAUCCUCCUGUGUUUUCCUGUGGACUUCAAGAAAUGUCUGGAGUAUGUUCGUGACUUGAGCCUGCCUGCACCCUUGAUUUACGGGGCUAAAUACGUGUUUGCGUUUCCUGUCACCUACCAUUUCCUGAAUGGACUGCGGCACUUGGCAUGGGAUGCUGGCUACGGUUUUGGCUUGAAAACCUUGUACAGAUCUGGCUACUUUGUCAUUGCCUUGAGCGCUGUUGUGUCAACAUACUUUGUGUUUGGUAUCAAACCUUCAGCUUUGUAG